CAAGACCAAGAGAGGAGGUAAACAAACCCUCCCUGGCGGCCACUCGCGGACCCAUGAUGGCGUAGCGGCCCGUCCUGUUGGUAUCCUUAUUGUGUCUUAUUGCCCCGUGACCGUGCCAGGACGUGCGCGCCUCCUGCAGGAUACUCCCGGGGAAGGUUUUGAGCUGGACAGUCACCAUGAGCAGCGGGUUCAUCACCGAGAAGGAGGUGGCGGAGCGUCGCCGCGCCCGCCAGGAGGAAUGGGACAAGAACCGCGGGGAGAGUGACCCGGCGGAGGCCCCAGAGGAACCUCCCCACGACCCCCGCUCCCUCUACGACCGCCUCCAGGAGCAGCGCAAUAAGAAGCAGGAGGAGUACGAUGAGGCACACAAGUUCAAGAACAUGGUGCGUGGGCUGGAGGAUGACGAGGUGGAUUUCCUUGAGUUGGUUGACCGCACAAAGCUGCAGGAGGAGAUCAGAGUGCGGACUGAGGAGAACACUGCCAUCGCCGAGUACAGGAGAAAGGUGUCGGCGAUGCAGAAGAACAUCGCCGAGGAGGAGAUCCGCGCCGAGAUCAAGGCAGCCGAGGCCCGGAAGAGCGCCGGCACAGGGAAGCGCCAGCCGUCCCAUCUCUCCCUCCUCGCCGGGGCCAUCAAGAGGAAGAGCAGCGAGGAGGACAGGGCCGGCGAUGCUCCCACGGCGAGUCACUCCAAGAGAUUGAAGUCAGACUCUGACAAAGAGAGCCCGGUGGAGGACUCCACAGCAACCCUCCAGGCUGACAGUCCUGCCCCGGCUGGCCAGGAGCACCCAGCCCCACACGUUGCCCCGGCAAACUGCGUGGCAGCCCCCAAGUCCGGCCUGCAGUGCAUUGCCGUGCUGCCGGGCCUUGGGGUGUACACCGACUCCAGUGACUCCGACAACAAUGUGGACUCUGACAGUGAUGAAGAUGAGGACGUGCAGAGCCAGGUGCCCCAACAGCCUCGCGACAUCACCGGCCGGAUCGUGAAGCCCAUGGCCCAGUGCAGCGGCCAGCAGGGCUGCUGAGGUACCUGGGGUGGCCGGGUGGAGGCACUGGGUAGUUAUGUUCCUUAUAGGAGCUCAUAGACAAUAGGAGACAAGUUGGUUAUAUAUAAUUCCUGCCACCAAUAAUAUCCUGGACUUGCAGAGGCUUGAGAGCUGCACCACUGCCACUGCACACUGGACUAGUACACACACACACACACACUGUGGACUGGUACACACAAAGCAGAUUUGGAUUUGUGUGUGAGAUCGACCUAAGUCAAUGUUAAGUCUUUGUUAUUGCUAUAUAAGUAUUUUAAAAAAAUCUUGAAUUUAAAAAUAUGGAAUGACAAAACAUCCUUAAAGUUGUGAACAUUCAAAGACUUCACACAAAAAACACACAAAUGAAAUACAAGAAAGAUAAGUAUGUUGUGUGAAUUGCAGUUUUCAGUUUGCCUGAUUUAAAUAUACAAAGAAUAACAAAUCACCAAACUAAUGCACAGUGCAGUGCAGUGGCGGUGCAGCUCACAACCUUGACCCAAACCCUGCACACACACACACAUACACAUGUGAGGGGUGACCCAAGGCACCGGGCCGCUGGAUGGAGCCUUGGCGCUGAGGCUGAGUCUUGGCGUUGGUCCACACUACAGUCUGACCAGCUGGGCGGCCAUGCAACUCAUGCUGCUAAAAACCUUGAAUUAUGCCUUGGGGGAACACCCAGGACCUGGGGUACCCCAGGUCACAACCCACACCUCAGUGCAGAGAAUGGUGCAGGAAACAGGCCCUGGCAGUGUGGCGCGGGCAUCACCUCGCUGGUCACCCCGCCGUGGACAGCCUCUCAAGUCCUGCCUUUGUUGGCGGCAGGAGUGAAUUUUGUUUUCACUUGGUUAAUUAAGUGUGAUCCAAGACCACCCUUUAUUAGGGAGACAAAAUAAUGAUAAUUCCUCCCAAGAAGUGUACAGUCACCUGCCUUGUUUGGGCAAGACCUUGAGGGAUGUGUGGCUGGCUUGGUGUCUUGGCCCAGGGAUGCUGAUGUUGUUGCUGGAGGAAGAGCAGCACCUUGUGAGGGCCUGUGGUGUGCCCUGGUCACAGGGCCGCCGCAGCCCUCCAGGGAGGACAGCCGAGUGGUGGACUUGUUUUGUGGUGCAGGGACUUUGUCUUCUCAGGCGUGGAAUGGGCUUUGUAUGCAACACUUCAGUUCACUGUUCAUGGCGGCCCAACACUGUGUUGGAGUGGGAACCUCUCCUCAUUAACAGCAUUAGUGGAGCUUCACAUUCAUUUGGUGAGGUCACUUUUUUGUAUUGCCUUUACAAAAUGGCAACAUAAUUCUAAACUUUCCCCAAAUGUAAUGCAAAUGUCAUUACCUUCACACUUUUUGUGAAUCCGCUGCCUUGAAAUGUUGAUGACUACAGUCAACCCUCGCCUUGAUGGACCAGUGAGGGGGAGGCGUGUGUUGGUGCUGGACUGGAAGUCUGUUGAUGCCAAUGUAUAAAAUAAUAAGUGUUCUUGAGUAACACAAGUAACAGCCAACUUUCCCCAGCCAGUGUUAUGACCGCAAGCAGCCGGCCAGUUGGCACACGGCUAAACACUAUUGACAAAGUUACAUUUCCUGCGGCCAGAUGGAAAUUUUAGGCCAGAAGGCAAAUUUGUCAAUAAAAAUAAAUAUUGCCACUUGUAUUAUUAUUAUAUCAGUUUCAUUAAAUGUGAAAUCUGUUAUAUCAGGGUCCUUUACAUUGAGGUUUACUGUUGUUAUUGAUGAGGAUCAGUGAGUGGCGCAGCAUUGUUUGGCCGGCGCAAGGCAGCCAGUUUAGAAUUACGUCAAGGGUUCCCAUUCUGACUCAGUUUACAGACUGCAACAAAAACUGUUAACUUUAUUUUAGGCUGUAAGUGAUUGCUGUGUAGUAAUUUAAGGGAUAAAACUUUUGAAGAUCUUGAGUAUGUAAUACAGAUAUUCUAGACA